UUUUCUUCUAACGCCCUUACAAUUAAUCGUAGACUAUAGAAAAGAAAAGAAAGCCCAAGACCGCGAAAUCGGCGCGGAGUGUCUUUGAAGGAGUCCGCACUGCUCCUGUCACGCAGGGCCCGUUUGACGUUUCACCGCACGUUUGCGUGCUACGAGUUUGUGGUGCGGUUUGCUGCUGCCGUUUUGCGUGAUAAAACCGUGCGUUCACAGGUUUUGUGGCACGAAACGCCUUGUGUGGAGGUCUCUGUUCGCCGUGCUACUGCCAUCGUAGAUCACAGCAGCAGCCGCUGUCACCGUACGACGGAUCGUGAGAUUAUUGCACGCUCAGCAUGGGUAACGUGUUGGCCUCCUCGAAGCCGAUCGCUGGUCCCGGCGGGCUGCCUCCACCGAUGCCGACAGAAGCGCUCCCCACUCCCACUCCAGGCGAUGGCGUCAAAUCGGAGCGGACGGCGGAGGAAUCCAAAGCUCUGCCCAAUCCGGGCACCAUGGAGGAUCUGCACAAAAAAUGCAAGGAUGUAAUGCCGGUGAACUUUGAGGGAGCCAAGCUGAUCAUCAACAAGGGCCUGAGCAACCACUUUCAGGUUUCGCAUACAAUAAAUCUGAAUUCCUCGAAUACCAGCGGCUACCGUUUUGGCGCGAUGUACGUCGGAACGAAUCAGCUCUCCCCAACAGAAGCAUUCCCGGUGGUACUGGGCGACGUUGACCCGUCGGGUAACCUGAACGCUAACAUCAUCCACCAGGUGACGCCGCAGGUGCGGUGCAAAUUUGCUUCACAGAUACAAAGCAGUAAAGUGACGGCCGCACAAUUGACGACAGAUUUCAAGGGAUCCAACUACACGACUUCCCUAACGGUAGGCAAUCCCAAUGUCAUUAAUAACUCGGGCGUGGUAGUGGCACACUAUCUGCAAGCUGUAACGAACCAGCUAUCGAUGGGUGGUGAGUUCGCGUACCAGUACGGUCCAGCCGUUCCUGGUGGCCAAAUUGCGCUCAUGUCGGCCGCCGCAAGAUACGCUACCGAUCUGUUCACGUGGUCGGGCACGGUCGGUGCGGCCGGCGUGCACCUCUGCUACUACCAGCGUGCAAGCGAGCAGCUUCAAAUUGGAGCGGAAGUCGAGACCAGCUUCCGGAUGCAAGAAGCCGUCGCCACCAUCGGCUACCAAGUUGACCUGCCAAAGUCGGAUCUAGUGUUCCGCGGAAUGGUGGACAGCAACUGGACGGUGGGGGCGGUGCUAGAGAAAAAACUGCAGCCACUGCCGUUCACGUUUGCCCUCAGUGGCAUUCUGAACCACACCAAAAACCAGUUCCGGCUCGGAUGUGGACUGAUUGUUGGUUAGGUCGCGUUAUCGCGUUACCCAGAUGCACUCUAGACAGAUGGACCGGAAGAGAAUGAGAAUGGUAGAGCCGUUGCAAGCGAUUAAAGUAAGCUAAGCAUUUCCGCGGAAUUUAAACAUUCGUAGAGCAGCGAUGCAGCGAGUUGGUUAUGGAGCAGCAAGCCGUGAACCCUGCGUGUGCAACACCUAGUAGCAGCUGCAGUCAAACAAAAUGCAGAAAGCGAAACUUAAAGUUCAGUUCGGAAACAGCAAUACCCCUGUAAAGCAAAGCGAAGUAAAAAUGUACACACGCCCCGAUGUUGUAGCUAAAGAGAGUUGCACAGAGUUUAUUGUGGCCACGUUUGUGAUUGUUUCAACGGUUUCGUGCAUCUUGCCUCGUUUGCUGGUUGCUAUGGAAAUGUGUUCUGCCUCCCAGCGUGCCGUACCAGUGUAGCAACUCGCCGCUGCGGGCGCGCCAGCCGUGGCGGCGGGAGUUUCCGUUUUCACGCAUCGUCGUAUCCUAUAGUUGAGUAAAGCUAAGUUUUUUGUUUACCUUUCUCAAACAGUCAUUUUUAUUAAAAUUC